GCAAAUGAAACACAUGAAGAUCCUCUCACUAGCACAGAUUUGGUUCAGAUGUUUAACAUGAAUACAGACCGGGGAGAACUGGAUUUUUAUUAUCUGAAAGAAGUGGACACUGACUCCUACAGGCCAUAUGACUUGCGAGUAGUCAGCUCCAGUGAAGCUGGUUCCGAACACUUUGUCUUCUACCCUCAUGCUGUGUUACAUGUGACUCAGACUGGUUAUGGAGGGAUGGUCACUUUGGCAGAAUGGUACAGAGAGUCAGUGUUGUGGGAAACUUUACACAACAUUGCAUUUUUCAGAUGCUUUACACUGAGGAAAGCAUUCACUCAGUGGCAUCAAAAUGUUCGCAGGAUCUCUUUUCAACGUAAGGGUCAGUGUCUUCAGGAUACGCUGCUUCUUGCUGUACCUCAGUUUAGAAAAGGCCUUUUGUUUUUCAUUAGUGUCAUUGAAGAACUGAAAGGGACUCACUGGCUGCCUCAGGAGGAGUCUAAAACCUACACACUAUUGGAAUUCAAGGACAUACUUCAAGCAAAGAAGCAAGAGUGUCAGCAUCUAUUGGAAAAGUUAUCUCAAUGUCGCACUGUUGUCCUGCAUAUGGUAAAAGAGGACUGCUACAAAUCAUACCAUGAACUCCAGUGUCAUAUUGAAUAUGCUGAAAAGCCAAACCGAUGCUAUGAAUCCAUUCAUCUCCACAUGGCUCACCAGCAGGAGUUGAAGAGAGACUUAACUCAGGCUGAAAACACCCUGGGAAAACUGGGCUCCUUUGCAGGUCUUAUUGAUCAAAUGGUGAUACAGAGUCUUGCUACCUUGAUUCACCAAGAUGCCAUUAAUUUCCUCAACAGUGUUUUAAAGAGGGAAAUGUCUCAGCAGCGUUGUCUCUUCCAAACUGAGCUGAUUUUCAGUGCUGAUGAUCAGUUGACAGUUGAUCCACCACUACAUUUCUUCCAAAACUUUCUGAGUGACAUAAUACUGACUGCUAAGGACUCAAUCAUUCAGAUGUGUGACACCUGUGGUUUUUUCCUGGAAAUCCCCAUGAAGAACCCUGUUGCAUCUCAAGACAUCAGUUACAUCAAACAUCAUACAGAUGAAACCAAGAGUGAUGAAAGGAUGAGUGGUCGCAGAAUGUGCUGUUCCUGGCAGUUACUCAGAAACCAUUCAGCUCACUCUGUGCUGCCUGAAAAUCAGCCCUCGGUGAUGAUUCAUGGCCAGAGGAUGAAAGGCUGCUACCGUCCACUCUGUAGACGACAGCUGGAAUGGCACUUCACCGUUAGUAAUGUUGUAAAGCAGGUUGAAGAAGAGUAUGCUGGGAUGACGCAGGAGGCUGAAUCAGAUAUCCAGCAGUUGUACCAGCGACACACGUGGCUGACGGAUAUCCAUUUGUUCAUUAGUCAGUGGAGUCAGGCUUCUUUAGACUCCAUGAUCGGUCAGCCUGCUGUCCUGUAUGAGCAGCACAUUCAGAUGAUACACAACUGGAUUAAAAGAAUCCACACACUUCCUUCUUCCGUCUCUACCGCUAACCAGCUGUUUAUCAUCCACUGCACCAACGUUAAGAGUGAUUUAGAGCAACAGCUGAAGAUAACUGAUGAGGCGGUGCUAAAGCAGCUGGUUGAGCAAAUAAAGCUGCUCUCAGAAGGCCUAAUGUUGGACUUGGAGAGGAAUUUUGCUGAACUGGAGAAAAACCCCCAGGAUUUACACAGUCUCUCACAGUAUGCUCUAAAGGUGAGGGAGUCUGAGAAAAUGUUGGCUGACUCGCAGAAACGUUUGGAAUAUAUUCACUGCCUUCAGGAUAUUAUUUGCAUGAAAUACAGGAAGAUGAGUGAAGAGGAGCUGAGGUUGGAAGAACAGAUGCAGGGCUUGUGGUCUUGCAAUAUUUCCAUCUUGAAGCGAGCAGAAAGCAUCGUGUCCCAGUAUCUCCCUUCAAGCACUAAUGCACUGGGCACAAUGUUCUCAUUUUUGAUCCGUGAUCUUAAAAAGACUGUGAAUGAUGCUACUCAUGGGCCUUAUCUGGAUCCAAGUCAGAAUGCAAAAGACAUGGUGUCCAAACUAAACCCUAUGUGCAUACAUUUACAGACUCUUAAAAGAAAGUUGGAAGAGUUAAGUAGGAGAAGUGACAACCUAACAGGGAAUUGGAUUGAUUUGACCAAUCUGACAGAAGAAAUUCAGAAGGUUGAAGCCCGCAAGGAAUUGUGGGAGCUGUUAGCUGUGUGCACAACUUGGAUACAAGAAUGGAAAAAGAAGCAGUUCAGUGAGGUUGUGGUGUCAGAAGCUCAAAGAAAAAAUGCUGAAUGGAGGGAGAAAGUUCUAUCUCUGUCAAAUACCAUACCUGCCUCUGAUGCAGUGCUGCAGGAGACCUUAAGAAUCCUUGAAAACCUGGGCUGUCAGCUUCCAGUCAUGGCCAAGAUACUGAGCCCUGAACUCAAACAAAAGCACCUCAAAGCUAUUCUCCAAGGCAUGGACCUGCUGUUCGUCCCAGAGAAGAAGCUGACUGCCGCCGAUCUGAUGUCUCAACAGCUUCAAAUCCAUCACAAUCUGAUCGACAAGAUAUGGUGUGAUGCAAGAGCAGAGUGUGACAUGGAGUCGACCUUCCAAAAUCUUCAAAGGAAAUGGGAAAGCUGUCUCUUACAGAUGGAAGUAUUCACUGGUGCCGUUACAGAAACCCAAACUGACAAUCAGCACUCCUGCAGUCACACAAGACGUAUUAUCAUUGGUCUGGAAAUCCAUCUCGCUGAAACUGAAAAUGAUCUGAUGACUUUGUCCAACAUGUUGAACUCACCCCAUAGUGUUGGGUUCAGGAUGCAGAUAGAGGACUGGGUGCAGCUACUUAGAGAACUUGAGAAGCUCCUACACUUAUUCGAAAGAUUCCAGCAGAUAUGGAGUUUUCUGACCAAGGUGUUAUAUGAAACUACUACUAGGGUUUGGCGAAUGGGUCUGUUGGAGCAAUUCCGACCGGUGGAUGAAACUUUUAAAGAAAUGAUGCAGUCCAUAUCCAAUGACCCACGCAUUCUGACCCGUGUUCAUUCGAAGACAACCAAUGGAAGAUUCCAUGGUGAAAGCCUUUGCCAGAUUCUCAUUUCUGGUCUCACAACGAUGGAAGCAGUUUCCAACCAGAUGCUGCAUCUCCUGGAUUCCCUCUGUGACCAAUUUCCAAGGCUCAGGUUUUUGAGUGACAGGGAAGUAAAACUAAUAUAUUCCUUGCAGCCAUCCCCUGCCACAAUGCUGCCUUUUGUGCGCAAACUGUUUAAAGGAGUGCAAGACCUCGAGGUAGACUGUGAAAAAUCAUCUGAUGCACAAGAUCAAACAAGUUGUGGAGCUACUUCUAAUAGCCAGAUACAGAUGAAGGUUCUGGGUUUUUUUGGCAGCCUCCAGGAAAAGGUUACUUUUUCUUCUCCCUUGGAAACAAAUCUCAGUCCCAUUGUUUGGUUUUGUGAUUUUGAAAGGCAGUUAAAAUUGACAAUGGAACAGCUCUUGAAACAAUGUGCUAUUGCACAGAAUCAGCUUGACCUGGCCAAUGAAGUAUUCACAUGUGAGAAGAAAAUUGGAGAUAUACUCAAUUAUAAUGCUGAUCAGAUUAAAAAAGUCCUUGCUGUGCUGAAUCUACUCUGUGAAUACCCUCUUCAGUGUGUUUUGGUGGCUGAGGAGGCGGCGUGGUGCAACGUCAUGCAUCAAGCAUCUCAAGAAUCUAACCCUGUGAAAUUGAGUGACAUAAAAGCAUACAACAGUGUAAAACUGAAAAACCUUGGCCGAUUCAUCAGGGGUCGAGUGAAUGCAGCCAAAAGUCAACCUCCCUCUAACUACAUGAUGAUGUGUCUCCGUGCUUUGGUACAACUUACAAUGAACCAUUCACAGCAGCUUUCACAACUCAUGGAAGUCCACUGUGAGCUGGAGUCAUCCUUUGAGUGGCUCAGUAUGUUGAAGUACCAUCUGGAUGUCCAGAAGCUACAAGGCAGUGAUUAUUCAUCAUGUUAUGUGGACAUUUUGGGACAUCGACUACAGUAUGGUUAUGAGUAUGUUGGUUCAGAAGACUGGGUGGUUUUGCAUACCCCCUCCACAGAUCGAGCAAUACUGGGGAUUCUCCUUGCUCUGACAAGCUACAAAUGUGGGUUUAUCAAAGGACCUUGCUUGUCUGGAAAAAAAAGCACCGUGGUCCAAUUAGGAAAAGCGCUUGGCCUACAGGUUGUCAAUAUACAGUGCUGGUUGAGCAUGAACCUUUGUGUUGUUCAGAAUCUACUCUUGGGUGCCCUUGAGACCGGAGCAUGGCUCGUGCUAGACUCUGUGGACUUAUUAACAGAAGGGGUCCUGUCAUCGUUUGGUCAACAUCUAGAGGAUAUUCACCAGCGCUUUUCAGAGAUAACAAUGAAGGAUCAAGGACUAAAUGAAGAGAUGGGGGACAGAUCUGUUAAACAGCUCUCAAGUGGCAAAAGCAGUGUUCAUUCAGAAUACCACAUAGAUAUAGCGGGUAAAAGGGUCUCUGCUGCCUUAAACUAUGGCUGUGUUCUCAUCUCAUCGAAAGGACAUGCAUUUGAUCUACCAGAAAGUCUGCAAACUGCAACCAGACCCAUUGCAUUAACUCAUCCAGAUUACAGGAUCAUUGCAGAAGUAAUGCUGACUUCCAUUGGUUUCAUAGAGGGUAUGGCUUUAAGUCACCGUCUGGUAUCUUUUAUGAAACUGUCCAAGGACUCCCUCUGUUUGCCUGACAUCAUCACUAAAGACCAGAGCUGCUAUCUGGUCAUUCUGCAAAACAUAAUCUCUGCCUCUGAAAUGCACUUAAAACAAAGUAGAAUGCAACAGGAAAUCUUAAACUCACCUAAAAAUUCAGUUAAGACACAAACUGAGUCAGUCUCUGCACAAAGCAUAACUGCAGAAUUUGCUGGCACAGAUAGUAAAAAAGCUGAAAACCCCCCCAGGUUUAUGUGCACUUCAGAGUUCUCAGUUAUUCAGGAAGAGACAGCAAUUGUCAAAGCGAUUCUUUCCAUCUUAUUUCCUUUCAUUUAUGAGCAGAAGAAUGCCUCACAGUUCUACAGAAUUUUCAAGGACACAUUUCCAAUAGUGUGCCAGUUCCCUUUUUUUAAACAGUAUUUCGAUGAAGAAGAAAAAAGAAAUCAAGUUAAAGAUGCAGUUUCAGAAGAACUGCAGAGGAAAGGAUUUCAACCUGAGGCUAAUAUGAUUGGCAGUGCUCUUACUGUCUACCAGGCCAUGAAAUCACAUCAUGUAGUUAUACUUCUAGGCUACACUGGGAGUGGAAAGACGACCUGUUACUCUGCUUUAGCUGGUGCACUCAAUGGUCUGGCUGCCAAGAAAAAAGAAGUGUUUGAUAAAAGCAUUGCUGUAAAAAGAGACACAGAGGCAACAAGCUGGAGCUGUAUCAAUCCUGUGGUCUUAUUCCCUAAUGCCAUGUCCCAUGAGGAAUUAUUUGGUCACGUCUGUGAGGAGAGAGGUUGGCAAGAUGGAGCUGUUACAAAAAUGCUGAGAGAAUCAGUGCAGCAUGAGCACAUAAACGAUGAAAUAUACAAGAAGCAAAGCAGUCAAACUCCAGCUCUGAGGUGGCUGGUGAUGGAUGGGGAGCCUUUGGGGAAACCUGGAUGGCUAGACUUUUUAACCACCCUCUGUGAUCCCAAAGACCCAGUUUUGUGUCUGUCAUCGAGUGAACGAAUCGUACCAUCGUUAUCAAAUCUGAAACUGGUCAUGGAGAUCACAGACCUGAGCAAUGCAAGCCCCUCUACAGUGACCCGAUGCACCCUUGUUCACUUCACUGGGACUGAUCUGUGGAAGUCUGUGUGGAAGAGUCAAAUGGAUGCUCUGUGUUGUGAAUAUAGACUCAGUCAAGAGAUUCUGAAAAUGUGGAACCGUCUGUCUGAGGAUCUUUUUGCCAACACUCUCAGUCUCAUCAGGCAAAAGUCUCUAAACUCUGCAAUCCAUUCCAAGGAAGAAUCUUGUAAAACUCCCAUAUACGGACUGCAAGAAAUAAUGUCAUUUGUGAGGAUACUCCAUGCCCUCCUACAGCAUUUUGAGAAGGAUGUGGAAAAGGCUAAAGAGCUAAAACAAGUAGACAUAAGAGCAGAUAUUCAUCUGCAUGGAACUAACUCACCAGGCACUGAUUCCCAGACUAGAUGUGAAUUCCUUGCCAGGAACCUUUUUCUGGUGGCCUACAUUUGGGGAUUUGGUGGACAUCUGCAUCCCAGUUUCUGGCCACAUUUUGACGCCAUUGCACAUCAAGUGUUGCUCAAUUGCCGGUACCAGAUAGAGGUUCCCAAGGAAGAGAGUGUGUUUGAAUACUUUUUUAGUAUUGACAGCAAUAUAUGUCCCAAGAACACACAUACAACAAGUUGGAUCACAUCCAAGUGUGGGAAAUAUUCCUACCUCCUGAAUCUCAUGUUGGAGGCAAAGCAGCCAGUGUUACUUGCAGGAGAGCCUGGUUCAGGAAAAUCCACUCUCUGCAAGACUUUUCUGAGUUUUGACCGGCCACAUGUAAGCCUCCCAGCUAGUCCACUUCUAAACUCCAGGGACCUGUACACUAUACUGAGUAACAUCAGCUGCCAGAGGACCUGUACCGAUGCAAUGAGCUCCACACCCAAAAAGUCACAAAUGCUUUUGUAUUUGGAUGAUUUGCAUGAAGCUCCCUGUGAUGCUUUUGGGAAGGAGUCAAAAGCUUUAGAAACAUUAAGACAAAGCAUUUCUAAAGGAGGAAUUCUCACCUUUGAUUCCUACUGUUUCAAGUUCCUGAGUUCUGCGACCAUCAGCUACAUGGCUACAUGUCGUGUCUUUGGACCGAACAAUCACCAAAGUGAUGUGAUAUCCCCCCGACUCUCUCGCCUCUUCUCUAUAUUCGUGCUCCCCAGCCUGUCUCUGGAUGUCAUACUGGCUAUUCAUUCUCCUGGUCUCAAAGUCUGGCUCAUGCCAUUUAUGCAGAAUGUUGGAGAAAUGGCACGUUGUAUCAUCACUGCAACUAAACAUCUGUAUCUUGCAGUAUGUGAUCAAUUUGAGCCCACUGCACAGCAACCCCAUUUCAUAUUCUCCACUCAUGACCUAGAGAAGGUGUUUCAGGGGAUGCGUUUGUGGCGACACAGCUACCCAGACCUGCAGAAGAAAGGAUUCCCUGUUUUUCCUGAAGGUGAACCACCAGGCCUUCCUCCAGAAAAGGUUCUUAAUGUAGUAAAGCUGUGGAUACAUGAAUGCGUCCAUACCUUUAGUGACAGAUUGUGCACAGAGGAUGAAAAUAAAACACUCGUGGAACUUAUUGCCCAGGUCGCAACAACAGACUAUAAGACUGUGUUGACUGGAUGUUCAGAUGACCGAACCAGUGUUACUCAUCCUGCUGUCAAACCAGUCACACAAAAUACAGUCAUGGACAGUCCAAAUACAUUACAUCAAGUACAAGAACUAAAACCGUCCUCCGUGACACACCCAGAAGAAUCCCAAAGAUUUCCUGAAGUGUCUUUGCAGCCUGAAAACUCACGGGAGGCAAGCCUUAAAACCCACCCUUUUUACUUCCAAAUUCUUCAGCAUUUGCAGGACAUAACGGUCAAGACUGUUUAUGGUCCAGAGCUCUCUGAGGUCCUAAAUUCAAGAGAAAAGAGGCAAAAUUUCAGCCGUGUCUCUUAUAGGGAGCAAACCAUUGAUGUACUAGUAGAGCAGCUGUCCACUUUCAUGGAGGGAAGAAAAGAGGAUAAAGAACAUUGUGUUAAUAACUUUGGUUUUACAUCCAAAUAUGCUGUACAUAGACAGAGGGUACGUCAGCUGUUGCACAUCUUCAGGGCUUUGCUGAUUCCUGGAGGUCAUGGAGUACUGAUCGGCUCAGACAGAGGCACCGGACGUAAAACUACUGUGCGUUUUGCCGCCUAUCUUACAGGCUGCAAACUGGUGGAGGUGCAUUCUGGAAAUGAAAAUAACAUGCAUGAAAUCCUGAAGAAUGCAAGAAAUCAGACCAGAGAGGGUGGAGUUCAUGUUAUUAUAUUGGUCCAUGAGGAUAUUAGUCAGUGUGCCCGUGAAGAGCUGUUGGUAGCGAUGGCCCACAGAACAUACCCAAGGCUGUGCACUGAUGAGGAGCUGAGAAAUGUCAUGUCCAGAAUGACAAAUUCAAGAACAUACAAUAUGGAUAUUUGGAUGUUUGAGAAACAUUUAGGACAAAUCCACAAAAAUGUGCAUGUCUUCCUGUUGCUGCCAUUCACUGUAUCAGAGAGCAGCAAGAUGCCUGCAGAUACUUCAGCUCCUGGAUUGAAAGCACAAAUGGCUAAGGCCUUGAGCCUGAGCUGCUGCGUGGAGCUGUACCAGCCUUGGUCCUACCAGUCUUUAGUGGACCUUGCCCUUCAGUGCCUCAGAACUAGCCCCCAUGAAAUGACAGAAGGCUCAGAGAGCUGCUUGUCUGUGGCCAUGGCUCAGAUUCAUCAGUCUGCUCGUCAGUAUGGUUCUGCACUUCUAACAUCCCAGCCUUUCAGCCCUCAGACCUAUCUGGAGUUCAUUGCCCACUUUUGUUACCUCUGUAACCACCUGCAUACACAGGGGCUAAAAAAGGCCAACAGAGUGAAAGCUGUAUUAGCACGCUUGGAUGUCAUGAAGCGCACAGCUCUGCAGUACAAACAUGACUUAAUGAGGCUGCAAGAGAAGGUUGCUGAGACGCAGCAGCAUGAACAAGAGCUUCUCCGAGCUGUAAACGAUCACAGGAAACAGCUCGAGGAAGCACAACUGAAAUGUGUGGAACAGGAGGAGAAACUGUGUCAGCUUGAGGAACAGAUUUGCGAUGCUAAGAAACAGAUCAGACCUGUGUUCCAGUCAGGCCUGAAGGUUCUUAUGUGUCUGAGUCCGUCUGAUGUGGAGGAAGUUCGGCACUACAGAGAGCCUCCUGAAGGGGUGGUGAAGGUCAUGGAUGCAGUGUGUCUGCUGUUCAAUUGUCCACCUGGCUGGGAGAGUGCUAAACAGCUACUUGGACGACCAAACUUGUUUGAGGAGUUAGAGUUUUUCGACCGCUAUAGCCUGACAAAAGAGCAGCUACAGCAGCUCGGCCACAUUGUCCACAGUCCCCAGUUUGUGCCCGAGUCUGUUCGAGAGGUCAGUAAGGCCUGUGAGUCCUUGUGCCAGUGGGUGCAGGCAGUGUAUGAGUGCUGCUCUAUGCAACACCAACUGUUAUUUAAGCAGAAGCUGCAGGCACAGGCUGCAGAGGCACAAAGCCAACUACAGCUGGUCAGGAAGAAGAAGGAGGAGGCGCACAGUUGGUUGGAAAAUGUCAAGGCUCAGCUGCAGUCAGUAAGAACGGAUCUGGAGGAGCAGCUGUUGGAGCUACAUGAAGCUGAAAGAAUGGAUAAAGAAGCUGCUGCUGCUGAGGGACAGAUGGAGAAAUAUGUUCGAAUGUGGAAUGAUGCUGCUCAGAUGGCAGAGUUGAGUUGUCAAACCUCCGCUGGUGAUGCCCUCGUCCUGGCUGCAAUAAUCUCAUAUUCAGGUCCUUUUGCACCCGACAUCGGCAAACAACUGCUGAGUAAAUGGAAGGCCCUCUGUCAGACCGGGAGCAUUGACAUCAACCCCAGCGACCCCAGAACAUCCCUGUUUACACCCCCUAAGGCUGCAGCUCCUCGCCCACCUCCUGGUUUUCCUAUUGCUGUGGGUGAAAAACUGCAGGUGCCUCUGGGCUCAGUGUUAGGUUUGUCUGAAUUUCAGUUCAAAGAGGCUCGGCUGUGCAGGCUUCUGGUGAAGCUGCAUCUUUGGGGUUGCACACAGCCCUGGGCUCAGCGCUGGCCUCUACUGGCAAAUUCCCAGCAGCAUUUACAGAUGAGCUGCGUGAUCUCAGGAGAGAAUGCAAAGGAUGAGGAGGAGUAUGACAUGGACAUCUGUGCUGAUAAUUCAGAGCUGCUGUUCAAGUUGGACCAGGCUGCUGAGAGAGGUCUAAGAGUGCUGGUUACUCAUAUGGAACGUGCAGUCCCCAGUGCACAGUUUCUGACCAGAUUAUCACGUCCUGCUUUUCAACGAGUCCACCCUAAGUUCUGCCUCUUCCUCUCCACUGAUCUGCCUGUUCACAUGCUCAGUAGAGAGAUCCAUCCAUCCAUCUUGCCCAAGGUAAAUGUGGUUGACCUCUCUCUGAGCUCUGAAGAGAUCCAGGAGCUGGUGCUGACACAGCUGUUGCAGUCCGAGCGCAAAGAGCUGCUGAUUCAACACUCACAAUUCCAGAAUGACAAGCAGUCGCUGCAGGACAAACUGAUCAUGGAGGAGGAUUCCCUAAUGGACUACAUCCUGCAGUCAAACACCGCUCUUCUGGAUGACUCAGAUUUUCUCCCCCAUGUUUCUGUUUAUCAAGAGACUACUGAGAAACUUAAGGCUGAGAUGGAGCAGCUGAGUGAAGAGCUGGAGAGCCGUGACACUACUCUGCUGGCUGCUCCCAGAUCUGUGGUGCAGCUUGCUGCUGCCCUCUACCAGGCUUUACAGGAAGUACAGCGUCUGUCCCCAAACUACUACUUUUCCCUCGAGAGCUUCAUGACAGUGAUGGAGGAGGCUUUCAGCUGGAAGGGCAGACUGUUAGUGUCAUAUACCGAAGUGCCCAGAGGCUUGAUACAAGAGAUCACAAACAGGAUCGUAGGCCAUGUACUUCAGCUGUACCGCCCUCGUCUGUUCCAUAGUCAUGCUGCUGUGUUGAACCUGCUGGUGUGUGUCACUCUCAUGCAGCACAGUCAGCUCUGCUCCGAGGCUGAGAGGAAGGCCUUCCUCAGGGGUCUCGUGGACAUAACACAUCCUGUCACCAAAGUGAAACCCUCCUCCAGAGCGCUGCCCAGCUGGAUACCCCCACAUAUCCACCCAGAGCUCCUGUGUCUGGACCAGAUCACUGCAUUCAGAGGGCUGAUCACCUCAGUCAGUACUUCCCCACAGCAGUGGCACGAGUACCUGCGCUUUCCAUCCUCCACGGUCACAGGGCUCGUCCCCUGCCGCUCCCACUCCCAUCUGUCUUUGCUGCAGCGGGCUCUACUCUGGAAGACCCUGCUUCCUCACAGCCUCCAAGGACUAGCUGAGGUUCUGUCUACCUGUCAUCUCUACUUCUCUGAACAAACUGCGAGGCAUGAGGCCCCUCACGUUGGGCACCCAGAGGCCCUCGCCCAGUUGUUACUCAGGCAGGAGGGUCCCAUCAUUCUCACGCUGCCCAGUCCCUGUGGAGAUAAGUGGACAAGCAUUCAACCGCUUUACUUAAUAAAACAACUGGCCCGCUGUGUGGCAAAAAGCACAAAGGUUCAGGUACAAGUUAUUUCUGUCGGAGCCCUGUGUGACAAAGAACUCAUCCUCUCAUCACUGGAAAAAGCUGGGAAUAAUGGCCACUGGUUAGUUUUUAAUAACUGUCACCGUUUGGAACAAUGGGAUGAUGACGUAGUGGCUCAGCUCAACAAGAUGUUAUCCAAUAGAGGGACACCACGCAUUGACGGCCUGGUUGGGUCAUGCUUCCGACUGUGGUUUAUCACUCAGGACAAUGCACCACGUUCUUUACCUGUGGGGGUGCGAAUGUGUGCCCUGUCUUUGGUCUGUGACUCUUCGUGGAAUCUCAAGGAGGAGCUGAGCUGCACUCUGCGACAGAUGGCAUCCAUCAUUCAGCCCCCGUCACCCCUGUCAGCCGACAACACACAGUUUCUCCUCCGAUGUGCCAUCUUCCACUCCGUCCUACUGCAGAGACAGACCUACAGAUACUUAGGCCAAGGCCAACUCUACCACUGGAGUCAGGCAGACCUCCUGAUGUUACUAGAUGCAUAUAAUCAUAUUGCCAGUCUCUGCCACAACAAGUCUAAAGCUUUGGAGUAUAUUGCAGUAAAUCUGGUGUAUGGAGGACAUGUACUAGACUCAGCAGAUUUGGAAGUAGUCCAGAGUGUGGCCAAAUCCUGCCUCGUCACAGAGCCGCCUAUUUGUGGAAGUGGACCACACAACAUCAUAAAUAUUUUCAGCAACCCUGGACAUUUUGAUUUGUCAGUGCUCCUGCAGGAUUUGGAUCAGGGUCUUCAGGAUUCAGACCCCCGUGACUCCUCUGUGCUUGGUUUCAGUUCGAAUGUGGCAGCAGAGAUGGUCAAGAUCAAUAGCCGCAACCUAAGCACACUACUGCAGAUCUCCCAGACUCCUCUAGGAGCAGUGAGGUGGUGUUGGACAGAACCGAACCAGCCUGUAUUUACACUACCUCCCUAUAGCCAUGUUAGAGACAGACUGCACUCUCUGAAAACGUCCAUGGCACACAAGGCCGACAGCGCCGAUGCAAAUGCAGGAGGUGUUUGUGGCGGUCCCCUGCGUGACUUCGUCCAAACUGAGUGGGAUGAUCUUAUUGAUUCUGUGUCCUCACUCCUCUCGCAGAUACAGCAGCCUGUUCAAUACAGCAGGCUGACCUCCGCCUCGCUGCUCCAGAUCGCCGACCUCUUCCACUUAGAGAGGAGAGCCGAGUUACUCAGUGCUUAUCUCUGGCACCACAACUCCUCAGAUCCAGCUGGCGCAUACCGACUAUGCGCUUUCAAAAACGCCAGAGGCUUUUUGAUGGCGCUGAUGAGACAAGCAGCUCAAGUGAAUCGCAAAUUUGUCAGUGAUAUAAUCCUCCAUUUCCAGGUUCUCAGUCAGAGUACAUGUACGUCUUCACUUCCCCUGGAAUCUGUGUAUUUGUGUGGUCUGGAGCUGAGAGGGGCAUUAUGGGAUACAGAGCAACGAGCCAUAAAGGACACCGUCUCUCCAGAGCCACACCCACUGCCGCUUGUUUAUGUCAGCGCUCACAUCAGGAACACAAAUAACACCCAGGACACCUUCCCUUCUUAUUUAGAAGACACCAGUCCAUCAAACGCCCUUCGCUUAGCUGUUUAUCUCUGUCCGCUCUAUGUGGAUAUAGACGAGCAAAAGGGAAACUGGGGCCUGGAAGAUAUUAAUAUUAUCACUAAGCUCCCUCUUCGCACAUGUCUGAAUCCUGAACUGUGUAAUUUGAGAAGGGUGAGACUAGUGAGCAAACUCGGAGGAAACUAACCGACCUGUGAACCUAUGGAGGAUCACCUGGAAUACAAGGAUACAGCUGCAGUUGAAGAAAUGUUAAUUAUGAUGUUGUUGAUUAAAUAUUUGCAUGUUGUACACUAGGGGUGCAACGGUAAAGGUAGCCCACGGUUCGGUCCAUACCUCAGUUCUUUGGCCACAGUUUCGGUUCAGUUUUGGUAUGUUUUGUUCAGAAAGAGAAAAUUUUUUUGUCUCCCAAAAUCAUAUUUUUGUCAACAAAAACUGAAUUUUAUAGUAGGAACAAAUUCUAUCAGUGUGUUAUGCACCGCCGUCAGCAGGGUUAGUUUUAUCACAUUUGUCUUGUCAUGUGUUCUCAUUUCCUGUUUUAUUUUGGUAAGGGGUUUCUUUUUGUGUGUGUGCACUGUAUGUCUUGUCUGUGUCUCCCCUGAUUCCUUGAGUGUCUGCACCCGGUGAUAAUUAUUCCCCACUCCCUUUAUAUACUCCCUUCUCCUCUAGUCUGUGGCCAGUUCGUCUUCCAUGUCAUGUCAUGAACAUCUCGUAUUACCUCUUCUCCUCUCGUGUUUGGUUCCUUGACUCGUGAGUGUAGUUUUGUUAGAUUUCUGAUUUCUCCUUUUUUCUAGUUAGUCUUUUUGCCACAGCCGUGAAGAUAUUUUUGUUAGUUAUAUUCCUCUUUAAGAGAAGACAUUUUUGUUAGUUAUUAUUCCACUUUUUGUGAAGAUAUUUUUGUUAGUUUUUUUUUCCAAUGCGUCAAUCUGAGAUUUUUUGCUGCAACUAGAGUACAUAAAUACUCUUAUAAUGACUAGCCUGCAGUCCGUCUCGUGCAUCUGGAUCCAAGCCGUGUGCCAUCCCUUAACACACUGAACUGAAUAAAAUAAUACUUUCUGUCCUGAACAAUAGAACCCUUUCUUAUUCCUUGGCUACUUGUAUUCGGUCAUAUAAAACAGACAUGUGCACACAUAGGGCCCAAAGGGGGCUUUUUCUAAAUAAAUAAAUUCCUGUUCUAGAUAGGGAUGUAAAAGAAAACAGUGGUAUAAAAACACCACAGUUAUCUACCGUACACAUUUCCUUGUAAUAGCGUGUCAUGGCAUUGUAUGUGUGUCAGAGUCCUGCACCGGGUCAGGUACCUGCGGGAACUUAAAAGUGAGUUACUGUGUAGACAAUGUGUUAAAUCAGGGGUUGGGUCAGGUUGUGGGUCUAAUGUACGCAGGUACGGGCGGGUGCCAGUUUUGGAAAAGUAGUGGACCCAUGCAGGACUCUGAUGUGUGUUGAGUCUAAAGCGGUCUCUCACAGAGGGGCGGGGCUGCGUGCUCACAUACAAGUCGAGAGAGAGAAAUCAAUUGCAAAACCGAAAACCUGCCCUUAUUGACUGUCAAUAAGGGCAGAUUGUCCUGUGCGGGGUGGACCGAAUGAUACAUGGUUUUCCCAAGUACCGUUGCAUCCCAACUGUAUACAUAAUGCAUACAUAACAUUUGCCUUUGCCAUUAAAUUUGCUACCAAAGUUAUAACAGUCUUUCAGCAUUUUUUUUUGUUACAGUUUAGAUGUUGACACUUUAAUUUAGUAAAGUCAUUUUCAAUCCUUUUCCUUUUCGUUCAUGUUGUUUGUUUUCAUUUAUUUGUUACUUAUAUUAAACCGAGUUGCUACACAAGGUCGCAAUUGAUAGAGGUUUCUGUAUGUCAGCUGAAGGUCCAUAUAAGAGUGGAGAAUAUUUAUCAGAACAAAAUGUUGCUCGGUUCUUUCAGAGACAAUGAAAUAUUGAUGGAACCACAUGCAGGUACAGUAUGUGUUGUUUCUGCAUGGACAAACACAAUGCCUCAAAGUAACCUUGACUGUUGGCUUAUUUUUCUUAAGCUGAGGAUGUUUCUGCACACUGGAAAUUGUGUUUAUAAAACACUGUG